AUGAGAUACCGGCGCAUCCCACCACUCCAGCGACUCGGCAGCCAGCCCUUCGGCACCAGCACGCCGGCCAGCUCGGCCCGACUCCGCUUUGCGCCCUCGCCGACGGGAUUCCUCCAUCUCGGCGGCCUCCGGACGGCGCUGUUCAACCAUCUGCUGGCGAGGAAACUCAAGGGGAAGUGGAUCCUGAGAAUCGAGGACACCGACAAGUCUCGAUUCGUCGAUGGAGCCAUCGAAAGUAUCCUCAAGACUCUCGAGUGGGCAAAGCUGGAUUACGACGAAGGUCCUCAUCGACCUGGAGCAUGUGGGCCGUACAUCCAAUCCCAGCGACAAACCAUCUACGAAGCCCAUCGCGACCAGCUCCUCCAGUCCAAGCAGGCAUACCGAUGCUUCUGCUCACCCGAGCGUCUCGAUCAGAUGCGCCAGGGCUUGCGAUCGUCGGGCUCGAAUCUGACGUACGACCGGAAGUGUCUGCAGAUGAGCGAAGCCGAGGUGGCGGAGAAGCUGUCGACGGGCACGCCCCAUGUAGUCCGACUCAAGAACUCGGACGCGCCGGUCUACGUCGACGACUUGGUCUAUGGCCAGCUCACUUUCACCAACAACACCCAGGACGAUGUGAUUCUGAUCAAGGCGGAUGGGACCCCAACCUACCACUUUGCGAACGUCGUCGAUGACCAUCACAUGGGCAUCUCUCACGUCCUGCGUGGCGAGGAAUGGCUCUCAUCAACCCCCAAGCACAUCCUGCUGUAUAAUGCUUUCGGUUUCCCGCUUCCGAAAUUCGCCCACCUACCACUGCUCGUAAAUGCUGAUGGAUCGAAACUCAGCAAGCGGUCCGGUGACGUCAGGGUAGAGGACUACAUCUCGAAGGGCUACGAACCUGAGGCACUGCUCAACUUUGUCGCUCUCAUGGGGAUGAACCAUUCCCGACAUGGCGCAGACGAAGGCAAGACCGGGGACAAGACGACAGAUGUGAUGACAAUGGAGCAAAUGAUCUCUGCGUUUUCAAUCGACGUGAUCGGCAAACAUCGCUCGACGAUGUCCCAGCCCAAGCUCAUCCAUCUCAACCAACAACACAUCGCCCGCUGCCUGCUUUCGACUGACCCCGCCCAAGUCCAGCCGUGGAUCGCACGCGCCCGAUCGAUCCUGCUCUCUGGACCAGGAAAGCCCGAAGUCUCUGAUGCUUAUGUGCAUCGGGUACUGCUUGCGAUGAAGGAUCGGCUUCAUGUCUUCACCGACAUCAAGUACCUUGCCGAGUACUUUUUUACACUUCCUGAUCUGACCUCGUCGGAAGCCUGCGAAAUGAGAAAAAAUGUCCCAGAUGUACUCUACCACAAGAUCUUGGAAAGUUCCCGGCAAAUGCUCAGUCAGUUACCGGAUGACGAGACUGGAUACACGCGCGAAAAAGUUGCCGAAGGCUUGAAGCAGGUGGAAGAGCUCGAUCCGGGAACGAGCAGCAAACACAUCAUGCUUGCGUUGCGACAUGCCAUCACGGGCCGCAAAAUUGGACCCGGCAUGGCCGAGACGAUAGCCGUCUUGGGAAAGAAAAGAACGCUCGAAAGGAUCAAGGCUGCUCUUGGAUAA